AUGAAAAAUCGUAAAAAUAUAGUUCCUAUAAUCGAAGCAAUUAUUUUGUGUGGCCGUCAAAAUUUAGCGCUUAGAGGUCAUCGAGAUUCAGGAAAAAUUUUAACAUGUUCAGAUUCCGAAAUAAUCAAUGAAGGCAAUAUUAGAGAAAUUCUUCGAUUCAGGGCUCAAGGUGAUAAUGAUUUGAAAUCAUAUUUAGAAGGUCCUGGAACAAUCAAAUAUACUAGUCCUACAAGUCAGAACGCAAUUAUUGAAGCGUGCAAUAAGGUAUUGCUUGAUAAAAUAGUUUCAAGGGUUAAUGCAUCAAAAUGCUUUUCUAUUUUAGCAGACGAAACAACAGAUGUGUCGGGGGUAGAACAAGUUUCUCUAUGUGUAAGGUAUGUUGAAAUAAACCAUCUUGAACUCCGCGAAGAAUUUUUACAAUUUGUGCCAACAUUUGACGUGACGGGAAAGGGAUUGGCAAAACUAAUUAUUAAUAAUCUUCAAAAAUAUGGCAUAGAUACUAAGUACUUAAGAGGCCAAGGAUAUGAUGGAGCAGCAUCCAUGUCAGGUAAAUUAAAUAGAGUUCAAGCACACAUAAAAAAAAUACACCCAUUGGCAAUGUACGUACAUUGCUCAGCACAUUCAUUAAACCUGGUAGUGUCUAAAUCGUGUAGUGCAGCUGAAUUAAGAGAUUGCUCAUCAACUUUAGCUAAAGUCCGUGACUUUUUCAUUUAUCCAAAAAGAAAAUCUGUUUUACAUCAUCAAAUUGAAAGUUCUUCCGAGAUAUCAUCAAAAAAAACAUUAAAAAGAAGUUGCGAAACAAGAUGGAUCGAAAGAUUUCAUGCAGUUAAUGAUUUUAUAGAGCUUUAUAAUCACGUUAUUGAAUCAUUAGAAAUAAUAUCUGAAUGGGUUGAUAGUGAAACAUCGGGUAAAGCAAGGACUCUUAGAAACGCUGAUUUAGUAUAG